GUGGAGCAGCAUUAUCUGUUGAAAAAUGUUUCGUUCCCUUUGAAAUUAUAAUAAAACAAUGUUAAUUGAGUUUGAGAUAUGACGUGAUGAAAUUAUUUGUCAACCAAUGAAAAGUACGAGAGUUGAUGACGUUUUGAACACGAGACUUUCCUUAUACCACGACAACAUGGAGGCUGGGUGUACACAUCUUUUUAGUGUUUACAGUUAAACUUUAAUAGAUCGAGAAAGCAUGUAUCGUCAACGGGUACGUAAAGCAAUAUAGCAGUACUUCAAAACAAACAGAGGAAGCCAACAGCCUGCUAAAUGUCACGGCUAAGCUUUACGAGUUCAGACAGGAAGGACUCUUGCACUUCGACCCAGGAGGGGCUCAAACUUAUAGAGCUGUUGCAAAAUUUCCUGGUACAACAGAAUGAGCAGAUCGAAAUUUUGAAAAACAGUGUCAAGAGUCUGGAAGAGGAAAGGGAUGCUUUAUUAAGUAAGAGAUGUGUCAACGACACGUAUUCCUUGAGAGAUAUUGCAACACAGACUGACGAGAAUAACGAUUUGUUUCAAUGCCAGCGCAGUUUCGCAGAAGGAAGGCCAGAAAACCACAACCCAGGAAAUAUUCAUGGUCACCAGAAAAUGGAUGUGGAGAAGUCCUUUAAGCAACAGCAUACAAAGACAAAAGAAACUGAGGUGCAAGAAGUGGAGAUUGCACUAAGUGACAGAGACUCCAGCUCAUUAGAUAGUGCAGAUGGUGUUCCAGCCAUCAAGAAGGGCAAUUCUGAAGUAAGAUACAAUAAAGAUUACGCAAGCCUGCUAGACACACCAGUGAAAUCAACACCAGAAGCAAAAGGAGCUUCAGUAACCCCACAAAAGUCAAUAAAGCGAACUAGCUCAAUUCAUGUGAAAAGGCAUGAUAGUAAGGGAAGAGCAGACUCUUAUCAACUUUCACCUGAUUUGCAAGCUGUUACAAAUGAUUUGCUGGCUAAUAAAUAUGGAGGGAAAGAGAAGGCUAAUAGUGCUGCGAAGGUAAUCCAGGAAUAUUACAGGCAUUGGGUCCUGAGUCGAAGCUUCAAGCGAAUGAGAGCGUAUUCAGAGAAAAGAAAAAAGUCAAUAACUAGGUAUCCAGAGAGAAUAUUGGACAGUGAUAGGAAAAGGGGUCAAAAUACUAUGUAUAACAUUGAAAACCCUGUCCUUAUUGUUGAUCUAGAAAAUGGCCAAGAAAAGGAUAGUAGUUUAUACUUACAAACGAAAGAGGAAGAUGAAAACACUACUCUAGAAGCAGAAAGAACUGAAAGAACUUCAUCAUUUUUGAAGACUAUGAGUCGUGGGAAAAUUGUUGCAGAUGAGAAGGGGGCUGUCAAUGGUGAUGGGCGUAAAAUUUUGUUACCUUCAGAUACUAUGUUCUAUUGUGGUUCUCCGAAAGAAAAUAAGGUAGAAAAGGAAACCCUACUUGGGUCAUCAAGACCAGUAAAGCCUAACAAUGAGGCUGCAUCAGUGGAUGAUGAGGCUGAGGAAGAAAAGCAGGGAAGUCCAGAGAGUGAGGAAAUAUCAAAAAAGAAAAUCACAAGGUCUGACAGCUCUGAUAGCUAUGAAAUAAUUGAUGCACAACAGCUCAUGCAGGUUUAUGCUCGAGAUGCACAAGGAAUUCUACCAGGCGAGACAAUGUCACGGUAUCUGGCAGCAAAUCCUUAUUCUGCCGAUGUAGAGAGGCUGAUUCCCAUCUACACUUUUCAAAUAUAUGAAUAUUGCAAUGAAUAUGCUUGA